GGAUUGCAUGGGGUUCAGUGGGGAGCAUUGAGGGGUGUGGGGGGCACUGGGAUGGGCUGGGGAGCAUUGUGGGGGACAGUGGGAUGAGUUGUAGAGGACAUGGAGCACAGAGGGAGCACUGGGAUGGGCUGCAGGAGACACUGGUAGCAGUGUGUAACCUGGGGGCACUGGGGGCACUAUGCACACUGUGAGCACCUGGAACGCUGGAAGAACCAGAAGCACUGGACACACUGGGAGCACUGAGGGCAAUGAGAGCACUGAGGUGUACUGGGCACAGUGGGCACACUGGGAGCACUGGGCACACUGGGAGCACUGGGAGCACUGAGCACACCACGCUACGCCGUCGCUCGCACUGACUGCUCCAGGCGCGUCCAGCAGGGGGCGCUACAGCCAUCACUGCGGCGCCCUAACCCCCUCUCCUUCCUCUCUAUGCUCCCCCCGCCCUCUCCUCCAGUAGGAGCGGCCGCCGCUCGCGCUCCCGGCCUGCCCCGCGGCGGGGCAACAUGGCGGCGCCCAUGACUGCGGCGGUGGCACGGGGCGUAUGCUGGGCCCUCAGGGCCGCUUCGGCCGGUCCGCCGUCACGGCGUGCAGCGAUCCUCCUGGAGAGCUGCGCCCGCUGCAGCGGGAGCGGUUCGGCGCUGGGCCACAUCCUGGGCCUCCCCGGCGAGCGGCCAACCCCGGCCUUGGGCCGGCACCCGCCGCCCGUGGCCACCAGCAGAGAGAAGCAGGCCCGCAUGGUGCGGGGCCACCCUGACCAGCCCCCAGAGCCCAGAGUGCUGAGAAUUGCCAUCAUCGGAGCGCCCAACGCCGGGAAGUCCACGCUCUCCAAUCAGCUCUUGGGCAGGAAGGUUUUCCCAGUCUCGAAGAAAGUGCACACAACCCGAUGCAAAGCGUGCGGUGUCAUCACGCAUGAGGACACACAGCUGAUCAUUCUGGACACGCCUGGUCUCACUUGUCCCAGGAAAGCCAAAAGGCAUAAACUGGAGGAGGCCAUGCUGACAGACCCGUGGGACAGCAUGAAACAUGCAGAUCUAGUUCUGGUUUUGGUGGAUGUCUCAGACCACUGGACACGAAACUCUCUGAGCCUGGAGGUGCUGAAAUGUCUUUCUCAGUUUCCUCAGAUUCCCAGUGUCCUGGUUCUGAACAAGGUGGAUCUGCUGAAGAAGAAGUUCAUCUUGCUGGGACUCAUAAAUGAGCUAACAGAAGGAAUUGUAAAUGGGAAGAAACUGAAAGUGAGGUCUGAAUUUCAACACAAUUCCAGUUCUUCUGCAAAAACUGUUCUUAAAGUCACUCAGACUCCUCCACCUCAGAACAGAACUCAGGAGUCUCUUUGUCAGCUGGAAACAGAUAAAGCCCAGAAGGGCUCUAGUUUGGAUAACAGCAGCACUGUGAAGGCUUCUGAGUCCAGUCUUGUUACAGAAGCAGAAGGGCAAAAGGCCUACAAAUAUGAAGAUCUGAAAAAUAGGAAAGGCUGGCCACAUUUCCAGGAUAUCUUCAUGCUGGCAGCUCUCAAUGGAGAGGAAGUGGAUACGCUGAAGCAAUACCUCCUGAUGCAAGCCAAGCCAGGUCCAUGGGAGUUCCACAGCAGGGUCUUGACCAGCCAGUCACCUCAUGAGAUCUGUGAUAAUAUCAUCAGGGAGAAGAUGCUGGAGUACCUGCCACUAGAAGUCCCCUAUGGUGUGACUCAGGUGACAGAGCUAUGGGAGGAAGGGCCAAGCGGAGAGCUCGUCAUUGUGCAGAACCUUGUGGUCCCAAGAAAGUCUCAUAAGCUGAUGUUGAUUGGAAGAAGAGGUGCAGUUAUCAGCAGGAUCGCCCAGGAGGCCGGGCAGGACCUGAUGAACAUUUUCCUCUGUGAUAUCCGCCUGAAGCUCAAGGUGGAGGUGAAGAGUUGAACUCUUCGUGUAGGUUUUGACUGUCAUUGAGCUCAUGUGGAGAAACUCGUCCUGUUUUCUGCUGCAGGUAUCUUAACACCUUUGUUUAAUUCAGGAUCGAGGGUGACGGAAUCAAGAUAGCGGGCUGAAGUAGAAUAUAUUAUUCUUUAGGGAAAUGGCCCAGAUGGUAAUAAAAUCUUCAGAUCUACAGUAUGGAACCUGGGGAUGCACAUCACAGCGCCCCCGGUGCAGUUCCAGCACAUUUGCAGAGUUGUCAUCUUCUUCAAGGCUGUGCCUUGCAUCCUUGCUAGAAAGUGUUCGUGGUUGGAAAUCCAGAGUGACUUGAGUCAAGAGUCUGACUCAACAAGGGAAGGGUGGAUAUUGUGAUUCUUUCAAGUGUGAGGGAACAUCUCCUGCCUUUUAGCAAAGGGUUGCAGUGAAGGAUUAUCAGCAGCCAUCUAUCAUCUCUUCUGAAGGCUGAGUGAUUCCAGUAGGGUUAAGGCAGGAGGCAGAGGCUCCCCCACCCCACGCAGCAGUCUCAUUUUUGCAGUUACUCUGUUAAAGUUCAUGGGUGUGAACACAACUGCCUGAGGAGUCAGUAUUGCCAAGGGAGGGUCUGUGCCUGUACAUAUCUUGUUUUUGGUAUUGGGUGGGGUCCUGCCUUUACAUCUGUUUGGCAGUUCAGCUGAUGAAUGAAAGCUGAAGGGUUGGGUCUGAAGACUCCUUGGAGCAGCAUUGCGUAGGUGCUUGCUUUUCAUACACAGACAGAUGGCAGCCCUUUUCUUAGGGACUUGAAUAGUUUAUUGCAGGAACGUUACUACAAAGCCGUUACACUUUGCACCAGCAUAGAAAGCCAGAGAGGGGCAGAGCUGAAGGAAAGAUCAUGGUUGGAACAGCGGCUCAGGUGGGGUUUGAGAUCAGUCUCAGGAGGCUGCACUGCAGCACUGCAUUGCAUUUACAGUGGUUUCUGGGAAGGAGCUCUGUGCUAUGUGUACCCCUGGGCUGGAGGAAGGGGGCUGCUGGGGGCUUCUGCCUGGAACCGAAACCUGUUGAGCAAGGGUUCAAUGUCCCUCUGCAAGGGGCUGCUUUACCAACCUGCACUGAGCCACCUAUACCACACCAGGAGCAUCAGGUCACCCAAAAUCCACCCGAAAAAUCCUCCAAGGCCCAAGCAUUGUCUUUACUCCACCACUUAACCCCGUUUCGUGAAUCCAUCUCACCCACGCUUUUGUUUUUCUUUCUCUUACAAUAAACCCAGCAGCCUUCUAUUAAAACGAUCGCGCAGGUAAAGCGAG